AUGUCUUUGCAACUUUCAGACAACCUGGCUCCUCAGCCCUGGACUGAUGUCUUUACCGAUGACACCAACAUAGACCGUCGCAAGUGCCACCGCACUGUGCCCAUGAAGGUGCUGGCCCUGGGUGUCGGCCGUACUGGUACUGCCUCUAUGCGCAAGGCCCUGGAGCGUCUGGGAUACGGAAAGUGCUACCACAUGAUGUGCGCCUCGGUUGAGAACCCGCCCGACUGCCUCAUGUGGCACGAUGCCCUGAACGCCAAGUACAAGGGUAUCGGCGAGUUCGGCCGCAAGGAGUGGGAUCAGCUUUUGGGUGACUGCCAGGCCGUCUGUGACUGGCCCGCCUGUGCUUUCGCCAAGGAGCUCAUUGAGGCUUACCCCAAUGCUAAGGUCAUCCUGACCACCCGCGAUGUUGACCCAUGGCACGCAUCCGUCAUGAAGACUGUCUUCUGGCGUGUCAGCGACCCCGAGCACAAGUUCGUUUCGAACUUCAGCUGGGCCGCCGGCAUGUACUACCCCAUGUUGAACAAGUUCUUCGAGACUUUCUUCCGUGGUGAUUUCCCCGGUCAGGGCAAGCAGGUUUACAACGACCACGUCGCCGAGGUCCGUGCUAUGGUUCCCCCAGAGCGUCUUCUGGAGUACAACAUCAACGACGGCUGGGGUCCUCUCGCCGAGUUCCUCGAGGAGGAUGUGCCCGAUACCCCCUUCCCCCGCGGAAACGACAUGGCCGACUUCUACAAGCGCUGCAGCACCCGCAACCGUCACCAGAUGAUGAACGCCGCUUUGCAGGCCGUCACUGUUGGUGGUACCCUUUUGGCCACCGGUUUGGCCGCUACCUUGGCCUGGAAGCGCUUUGCCCGGUAA